AUGGAUGAAAUUGGUCUUGAUAACUCAUCACAGUCCACUUCAAUAACCACUGGCAACUCAACACCCAAUAAUCAUGUUAGUGCAUCAAACGUUAGUGUAGCAAGAAGCUUUACGCUCUCAAAUGAAUCUCAAGGGACUUCUCGGAUUUUUGAUAAUGCUGAAGAAUUCGAUCUACUAACUCUCUCGGCAGAUAUUGCUGAAGAAUUCGAUCAACUAACUCUUUCGGCAGCUGAAGCAUUUAAAACGAAGUU